AUGUAGGAAGAUAUUGCAACAAAUAAUUUUAAGAGGCUAGCAGAAGAAACAAAACUGCAGUAGAGAGACAUUAGAGUAGCUAAAUAAAUCUUGGACAGCAUUGAGUAGAUCCUUACAGAACCCUAAUCAAUAAACCGAUGGAUAUUCGAAUUACUUUAAAAUGCAGCAGACUCUUGCUGUUCUGGUAGAAAACUCAAAAUUAGUAUUGAUUUGACGAAAGAAUAUCUUAAGUUCUCUCAUAAUGGUAAAGCAUUCGUUCUAGAAGACUUGAUCAACUUAAUUGAGUAAGGUUCUAGUAAAGAGAGAAUAUCUCCUCCAACUAAUGCUUCAAAUAAUCAAGAUUUAAAUGGUCAGGAAGUUAAAUAAAUCGGAAAGUUUGGAACAGGAUUUUUAACUACUUAUAUUUUAUCUAAAAAGGUAAAAGUUGAAGGAAUUUUCAAACAUGAAAUUAAAGAUGAUGAUGAUGAUAAAAUCAAAGCUCAAUAAUAUAGAAAAUUCUUACUUACAAUGAAUAGGGAUGCUGAGAAAAUAGAGUGGAUGGUAAAGCAAAUACAACACUCAUCUUAGAUAUUUGAGUAUCUUGACCACCUUAAAAUGCUUUAAAAUUAUCAAGAAGGAGUGAGUCUAGACACUGUUUUUAGCUAUGAACUACAUAAAACAACAGUUGGAAAUGCUUCCUAAGGUCUUGAUAUUCUAAGAAAGACAAUGCCCUACCUACUACUCUUUAAUAAUAACAUUGAAUCAAUUAUUAUUGACGAUCAAAUUUAGAAAAGAAAAGAAAUUUUUUAGUUGUAACAAGAGAAAACUGAUCGAGAGUAUGUCUUCAAUAAAACAACAUUUAAACUUCAUAAAUUCGAAUUCUUCAUUAAUAAUUAGCCCACAUCAAAGCUUCUUCAAAUUAAAGACUUUCCUUUGAUUGGUUUCGAUGCAUUAUAUGGCUCUUUAGUAUUUAAUUCUUAGUAUCUACAGCCAAAUGAAAAGAGAACAGGACUUAUCCUUGAUGAAAGUUUGAAAGGAAAAUAGAAUAAAGAAAUAUUUCAAGAGAUGGUUAAACUCUAUAGUCAUUUGAUUGACUAUUCCAUAAAAUUAGAUUUGAAAGGAUUUGAUAAUUUGCUUAUCAAAGCUUAAUUAAAUACCUUGUCCAAUAACCAAUUUAAGGAUUCUCUCUUAAUCCCUUGUAUUGAAAUUUGUCUUAGCAAAUAAAUUAUAAAAUCUAACUCACUAAAGAUGGAAAAAUUAGAUGAUAUUUUCAUUCCUAAUAUCAGGAAUAAUCCAAUGAGCAAUAAUCCUGACGAAUAUCAACAAUUCUAAGGUUUCAUUGAAAUAUUUUAAAUGAUGGAUAAAUUCAGAGAUGAUUAAAUUAUCUAAACAGAAUACAAUUACGUCAAAUAGUGGAUGGGAUUAAAUGAAUAGCCCGAUUGGAAAUAGAGAAUGAGCUAAUCUAAUCAAAUUGGAAUAGAAUAUAUUAUUGAUUUUAUUCAUAAUCAAGGAUCUAUAACUAAUCUUUAGCAUCAUCUAAAUUGCAAUGAUGGUAAAAGUUUUCUUAAUCUAGUAUAUGCCUAUGCUGCCAAAUACAUGGAUUCUAAAGCCUUUGAAGAUUGUUUAAGAUCUAAAGCAAUCACUCCAAAUAUAUUAAUUACAAAAUCAUCAAAUCUAAAUUAAGAAAAAACUGCUUUCUAGCUAAAUCAUAAUACCCUAAUCAGAAAACCUAUAAAAGGUGUAAAUUUCAUACCAAAUGACCUAGUAAAGAUCUGCCAAGAAUUCAUAUUAGGCUUGAUUAUAGUUAAAAUUAAAUCAUGUGAUAAUGUAAAAUCAUUUAGACAAUAUCUAAAAUAACAGAAUACUGAUCAGGCAAUUUAAGAUUAAGAUGUUUACAAAUUUCUAAACAAAUUUUACAAGAUUGCAACUGAUAAGCAUAAACUUCUUACACAGAGAUCAAUAAUUUGUCCUAAGUUAAUCCCAAAUUAACAAGGGAAUUUUAUGAAAUACUGGCAUAACAACAAAUAGAAAUCUAUCGCUUAAAUCAGUUUCAACAUAAUUGACAAAGAUCUUUCUAUAGUUAAUUUUCAGAAUAUGGAAGAUUUAUAUGAUUAUUUUGCAAAUCUAACCUAGAGAGGGAAAGAUUAUCUAGAGCAAACUGUGGUUAAUAGAAUAUUUAAUAAGGCUUUAAUCAAAAGUGAGAAUUAAUACCAAAUUGAAACUUAUGUUAGAUGUCAAGAUAUCUAAUAUCUCAGAGUUAAAGAUAUCUGCCAAUAUUUAGAUAGCUAUAUCAUCAGAAAUUCUAAUGAUAAAAUUUUCAUAAGAUAAAAUGAGGAAUUUUUCAAUAAUUUUGAAAAUCUUUAUGCUUCCACCUUCCAGGAUAAUCAAAAAGAGUUUUACUUCUCAUAGUAUACUAAAAACAGAUUAGAGAUCUUAGUUGAAUUGAGAUAGACUGGAGAGGUAACAAAAGCUAUGCACAAAAUCUUUUGCUAAAAGUAGGAGUAGUUAUUGUUUAAACUUGUAGAGAUUGAUCCUUGCAUUAAUACAAUUGCUCUUCAAGUGCUCUAACUUUUAAAGAAAUUCGAAGACUAGCCAAAACUAUUUCAGAGUUUUUUCAACGAACUUCUUUCAGAUUAUAAAGGAGUUGAACUAGAUUCGAAUGAUAUCGAUGCUCUGAUUGAAAAAUGCAAGGAGCUUAAAAAAAAGAAAUGGGACAAAAAAAAUCAUAAGAAGUGA